GAAAAAGAGAAUAACUUCGUGUUGUCUUGGAAAAAUAAACAAUAAUUUUUUAUUAUCUCAUCGUUCUUCUCUUCCUCCAAUCCAAACACCCAUGUUGUCUUCCGUCCUGAGAAUUUCUGUGCUUCCGCUUGGUUUAGGUCGAAUACAUUUCAUGAUGUCGACGCCCAGAUUUUCUUCCAGAAUCAUUCAAUCCAAACGCAAGGUUUCCCACACAAAGUCAGAGGGUGGUUCCGAAUCUUCCAAUGGCAUUUCUGCGCCAGAGGUUAAGGUUUUUGUGAGGAAAAAGAGAGUGAAGAAGACACUAGAAAUCUUAGAGAAGGAGCCUGACACAGAAGCUCGCGACCAGAAACUUUGUUCCCUACCUGAUAUUGAAGAGUUUGCGUAUGGAAUUGUCAAUGGAUCUUCCCAGUCAAGGAAGUCUGAACCUGCUAUUGAUGUGCCUGUGUUGGACACUGAAGCUGAUUCCUCUAUUAAGCUGAUAGGUCAAUCACCUCCCCAUUGGGAAAAGGUUCUUGAAGGGAUCCGCAAUAUGAGGUCUUCUGAAGAUGCACCGGUAGACUCUAUGGGAUGCGAGAAAGCUGGCAGUUCUCUUCCUCCCAAGGAAAGAAGAUUUGCUGUCUUGGCAUCUUCACUUCUGUCAAGUCAAACCAAGGAUAAUGUAACACAUGGGGCAAUUCAGCGUCUCCUUCAAAAUGGUCUGCUUGAUCCUGAUUCUAUAGAUAAGGCUGAUGAAAUGGCAAUUAGGAACUUGAUUUACCCAGUUGGAUUUUACUCAAGAAAAGCUUCCAACUUGAAGAAAAUUGCGCAAAUAUGUCUCACAAAGUAUGAUGGAGACAUACCCAGUUCAUUGGAGGAGUUGCUCUUGCUACCAGGGAUAGGUCCCAAGAUGGCUCAUUUGGUAAUGAAUGUGGCAUGGAACAAUGUUCAAGGGAUCUGUGUGGAUACUCAUGUGCACCGCAUUUGCAAUCGGCUUGGGUGGGUGUCACGGUCACGCACGAAACAGCCCUCUUAUCCUCCUCUGAAUGCGGCCACCAUGAUGGGUCCUCUCCUUGCCUGCCAGAUGCAGUCUCAUCCAUUGCCAUUUCCCAUCUUCUGAAGACCCAUUUGAUCUGCUGCCGAUGAACAGAAGAGAGAGAGAGAGAGAGGAAAUUGUGCCUCCUGACAUUGCCUCUUCCUCCUCAUGCUUCAGGAUCUCUGCCGGAUCCAACCUGUAUACCUUUAAAUGAAUUUGGAUUGGAUACAGAAUGGGGUCUGUAAUAUUUUUUUGGGGGGGGGGGGGGGGGGGGGCGGCGAACAGGCAAACUGCAUGGAGUUGCUUGGCUUGGAUCUGGUUUAACUUAGUAACUCAGGAAAUAUAAAUUGAAAAAAUGUAAAUUUAACUAAUGGUAAUAGUGUUAUUAACAUAAAUUAAUAAUUUUAUUUUUUUAAUGUGUUAAAUUUUAUGUUAUUUUUAUCAAAACUUAUUUUCAGAGAGCCAAGAACUCUCCUGACCCUAAGCACUUAGCCAGUUCAGCACUUAUCAUUAGCAGUUAUCUAAUUCAGCACUUUAUAAGUUCAGCCCUUCUCCAUAAAUGCUGCCA